AUGACAGGUGCAGAUGAACGAGUAGCGGACGAGAUGUCUCCCUUAGUGAGACCAGGCAACGAUAACGACGCCGACGUCGACUUAAUAACAGCCCAAGAAAUGCAGAAUGGCAUUCGAGCGGAAGAUCCUGAACAUUUAUCAGAGACAAAGAGUAGCUGGUACCUCUUCUUAUUAACGCUGAGCAUUGGUGGACUCCAGAUUGUCUGGUCAGUUGAACUAUCGAAUGGAUCGCCUUUCCUUUUGUCUCUGGGAAUGAGCAAAGCUCUGCUCGCUUUCGUCUGGAUUGCGGGCCCCCUGACAGGAACGCUUGUGCAACCCUAUAUUGGUAUCUGCAGCGACAACUGUCGUUCAUCAUGGGGCAAAAGGAAGCCCUUCAUGGUAGUUGGCGGCUUGGCGACUGUUGUGGCAUUGCUUGCUCUUGCAUGGGUGAGGGAACUCGUGGGAGGUUUCCUCGGUAUAUUUGGCGCCGACCAGGCGUCUGCGGAGACUAGGACCGCGGUAAUAGUCUUUGCAACUAUUCUGAUGUAUUGUCUAGACUUCGCUAUAAACACGGUUCAAGCAGGUAUUCGGUGCUUCAUUGUUGAUAAUGCGCCGGCCCAUCAACAGGAAUCAGCGAACGCGUGGGCUAGCCGGCUCACUGGAGUGGGCAAUAUUCUGGGAUACAUUUUUGGAUAUAUUGAUUUGCCCCGCUAUCUCCCAUUCUUGGGAAAUACGCAGUUCAAAGUGUUGUGUGCACUAGCAUCUUUGUCACUUGUUAUCACGUUAUUGAUCAGCUGUCUAUAUAUCCAGGAAAGAGAUCCGCGGCUCGAACCCUCGGCAUCUACCGGAAAUCCUGGCGUUGUGGCCUUCUUCAAACAAGUUUUUAAGUCAAUUCAGUAUCUGCCACCCCAGAUUGCCAAAGUCUGUGAAGUCCAACUGGCUGCAUGGGUUGGGUGGUUUCCUUUCCUCUUCUACGCUACAACCUACAUCGGGCAGCUUUACAUUAACCCGAUCUUUGAUGAACACCCGAACCUUCCUGACAAUGAAAUAGACAGGGCCUGGGAGAAAGCUACUAGGAUCGGAACCUUUGCUCUUCUUAUAUAUGCAAUCAUUUCGUUUGUCACUAACAUAACAUUGCCGAUUUUUGUUGUCCCUACUUACAGAUCUGUUGUCUUAUCCGAUGAAACCAACACCUCUUCAGAUGAGAGAAGGCCAUUCAUAGAAACAAGGAGAAUGUCAUGCUCAAGCCUACCAGUUGGUACUGCAUCGGAGCCGCCUCCGACUCUUCCCGAUAAGCAGAAUAUCAAAGCUACAGACGGAUCAACGUGGCUGUCAAAACUGCAGAUCCCGGGGUUCACGCUCCGACGAGCUUGGCUCUUAUCUCAUAUACUCUUUGCGCUCUGCAUGUUUAGCACCUUCUUCAUCUACAGUUAUCAAGCGGCGACAGUGGUGAUUGGAAUAGUCGGUAUCUCCUGGGCUUUGACGCUCUGGGCACCUUUCGCGCUCAUCUCUGCAGAGGUCGCACGGAUUGACGCCGAACGUCGGGUUCGGCGAUAUCGGUCAGAGAUGGCAGAACAGUAUUCCGCCGACCACUCCACUCAGCCAAAUUUAGCCACAAACGUUGGUGAUCUGGAGGAUGGGCCCAGGAAGCCAACGGAUGAGGAAGAAAAUCUAGCCCAGGCGGGAAUCAUUCUCGGGCUUCACAAUGUCGCGGUCUCCUCACCGCAGAUCCUAUCCAGCUUGAUAUGCAGUGCUAUUUUCAAGAUGUCCCAGAAACCUAGAGGGAGAGCUGCGGACUCCGAAUCCGAUCCCGACGAAGAUGCUCCGGAAGCUGGCACCAAGGAGUUCUUCAGCUCUUGGGCGCUCUUUAUUCUGAUCAUGCUCUUGAUGUUUGCGCUAUUCACCAGUUACAUUCUCCAGCAGAAGAAGAUUCAAGCUGUCCAUGAAACUGUCCUUUCUAUUUUUGCUGGGAUGUUUGUCGGAUUGAUCAUUCGGUUGAGUCCCGAAUCGCCUAUUCAGGACAGCGUCACAUUCGACUACCAGUUCUUCUUCAACCUCCUCCUUCCUCCAAUUAUCCUGGCCUCGGGGUAUGAGCUACACCAGGCAAAUUUUUUUCGAAAUAUUGGAACUAUUCUUACCUUUGCGUUUGCGGGGACCUUCAUCUCGGCCAUCGUGCUGGGACUUGUUUUGUUUGUCUGGACGCGGAUCCCGCUGGAUGGCUUGAACAUUUCUUUUGUCGAAGCCAUCUCUGUAGGUGCCACGCUCUCUGCGACGGAUCCAGUUACUAUCCUCGCCAUUUUCAACCUGUACAAAGUCGAGCCGAAGCUUUACACCGUUAUCUUCGGCGAAUCGAUUUUGAAUGAUGCCAUCGCGAUUGUCUUGUUUGAGACCGCGCAAAAGUAUGCCGACAGCGAUGCAGGCUCUCUGACUGUUCUUAAUCUCUUUGAGGCCAUCGGUCUUUUCUUGCUUGUUUUCUUCGGCAGCAUGCUGGUAGGCAUGAUUGUAGGUAUCAUGACCGCAUUGGGUCUCAAACAUACACACGUCCGCCGCGUGCCCAAGAUUGAGAGUUGCCUAAUAGUUCUUAUCGCAUAUGCCAGUUACUUUUUCUCCAACGGUGUUCGUCUUUCUGGCAUUGUCUCCCUUCUGUUUUGUGGCAUUACAUUAAAACACUAUGCGUACUAUAACAUGUCGCGCCGGACUCAAUUAACGACGAAAUAUCUUUUCCAGGUGAUGGCACAAUUGUCAGAGAACUUUAUCUUCAUCUAUCUGGGUCUUGAUUUGCUUGUUCAAAGGAAUCUGCAGUUCAAGCCUCUUUUCAUCAUGGUAGCUGUCUUUGGCAUCUGCCUUGCCCGAUACCUCGCCGUGUUCCCGCUAUCUAAGGCGAUCAAUUGGUUCAUUCGUUACAGAGCCCGGCGACGCGGGAUGGAGGUCGCUGAUGAGUUGCCCUUUGCUUAUCAAGCAAUGCUCUUUUGGGCCGGGCUUCGUGGGGCUGUUGGUGUGGCGCUGGCUGCGGGCUUGACGGGUGUCAACGCGCCCGCGCUGCGAGCUACGGUGUUGGUCGUUGUCGUCCUGACGGUCAUAAUUUUUGGCGGCACCACAGCCCGAAUGCUAGAAAUCCUCGGUAUUAGGACUGGGGUGGUCGAGGAACUCGAAUCUGACGAUGAAUUUGAUAUUGAAGUUACCAACGGGGGAACGUAUUACAAACGAUCUGAUACCGCGCUGGGGUAUACUCCCCGCCGUAUGGACUCAACCAUUCCCUUGGACGGAGUGCAGCGGGGGGCCCUUGACCGAAACGAUAGCUAUUCAAGCGGCAAUAACCGCCGUCCCAGCCCGCCGCCAUCUAGUUCGGGCAAAGGCCGGAGACAUUCGCGUCUUUAUUCCAAUGCGUACAGCCAGAGGGACACGCAAACAACCCGCGACCGUUCAUCCACAGCGACUCUGCUUGGCGGCGGCACUGGAAGUCAUAGUGAUAGUGCGGGUAGCGAAGACGAGUUCGGUCUGCGGAGUCACGGUAAGGCCCGAGCGGCGGAUGUUGACCAAAUUGAUGCCUUUGAUAUAGACGUGGAUGAAGCACCCUCGGAUGAUGACCUUCCUCCUUCAGCUCCCACGGCUUCGCGACUGCGGCGGUCACCAUCCCAACCACCCCAAUAUCCGGGUUCUUCACAAGCAUCUCCUUCUGCCAAUGUGUCCCCAUCGAGGCGGGAGACAGCGCGGAGCGCUAGUCAAGCUAUUCGGGAUCUUUUUUCAGGAGGGUCAUCUGGAGAUCACGGCGCGUGGUUCCGGCAAUUGGAUGAGGACUACAUUAAACCCCGACUUUUGUUGGAUCAAUCGAACCAUAAGGGACCGGGUGCUGUGUAG